GACUUGACAAAGCUCCAGUCAGAUUCAGUACCAGCUCGAACAACACAACAAAAGCAUAUACAAUUCAAACUGUCGAUAAAAAUUUGAAAUCAGAAAAUCGCAGGGGAAAACAACCAUUAUAAAGCCAAUUCUUACAAAAAAAAGUGUAAGUGUUAAAAGCUCGAUAAAAAAUUAAUUAAAAAUCGUGUAAAACGCAAGUUUUAAUGCCAGGAAACAUAAGGAAAACGUCAAUAAAGAUUUUCCGAGCACAAGUUGAUGUUUAAGCUAAAGAAAAUAUUUUAUUGUUGGCGUGCUUAGCAUUAUACAUUGAAAAAAACGCUGAUGAUAGCAUCUGAUUUUUUUUUUACUUUAGUUCCACCUGAUUCAAAAAUUGUUGUUUCCAAACAUUCAAAACAUAAACAAACGAAAUAGGAUAUCAAAAGUAUCAGAAAUUAGCAAUAAAGAGAGUUUAAAAGAUGACGGGAAGAGGCAAGCGACGAGGAAGACCACCAAAAACGCCAGCUCCGAAUGAGAAAAAAUAUCAUUUAUUAAAAAAGCCAAAAUAUUUACAAGAUUCACGACUUAGUACACCGAGUGCAUCAAGAGCCUCUACUCCACAAGAUAGUGAGGAAAGUUCCAGAAAGAGCUUCUCAAGAGACAAUACAGCUAAAAAGCGCGGACGUCCACCACUAAAAAAUAAAAGAGGUGCAGGAGCAAGUUCCUCAUAUGCUAGCAGGAGAAGUUAUAAUUCUCCAACAUAUAACAAAACAGACUAUCAUUAUGGCUCAGAUUUUGGGGAUUCAACUACUGAUAAGAGUGACGAUGAAAUUGCAAUGUCACAAAGUGAAUCGCAGGAGAGCUUCAACAACGAUUCAGACAGUGACUUCUCAUUAAGUAGUUAUAGUAAUGUUGGACCAUCUCAAACGAGAUCUGUAACGCCUGAGCCAGUUUGGCUAAAAGACGAUAUUGAAAUACCACCGUUGGAACUGCCAAAAAGCUCUGAUGAUCUUUUAGUACCGAAAAAAUAUCUUCUAAGAUCUCUAGGAAUUUAUGAAGUGCUCAGACGAUAUAGAAAUCUUGUAAGACUAUCUCCAUUUCGUGCUGAAGACUUUUGUGCAGCAUUAAUUAGUGAAGAGCAAAGUGCUCUGCUCACAGAAAUUCAUAUUGCUUUAAUUAAGGCCAUUUUACGUGAAGAAGAUUCACAACAGACACAUUUUGGACCGUUAGAUCAGAAAGACAGCAUAAACAUCUCAUUGUAUUUACUAGACACCGUAACAUGGCCAGAAGUAUUAAGAAUUUAUGUGGAGAGUGAUUCUUCAUUUAGUCGAGAAGUUCUCGAUAUAUUGUCAACAAAGGAAUAUCCGUAUACACCGAUUGAUGACAGAUUAACAGUUUUGCAAUUUUUAGCCGAUCAAUUUUUAACGACAACCUUCGUUCGUGACGAUAUGAUUCAAGAAGGUCCCAUUCAUUAUGACGAUCAUUGUCGAGUUUGUCAUAGACUUGGAAAUUUAUUAUGUUGUGAGACAUGUCCAGCAGUAUAUCAUCUCGAAUGUGUUGAUCCGCCUUUAGAAGAUGUCCCAACUGAAGAUUGGCAAUGUAAUAUAUGUAAAUCUCAUUGUGUGUCUGGCGUUAAUGACUGCAUAUCGACAAAAGAAAAGCAAGGCUCAUUAUGUCGUCACGAGCACUUUGGCUUUGAUCGACAUGCACGAAAAUAUUGGUUCGUAUGUAGGAGAUUAUUUGUUGAAACGGAAGAUGGUAGUGAAACGUGGUAUUACACGACUGAGGCUCAAUUCGAAAAUCUUUUUAACAAGCUCGAUCCAAAUGAAUUAGAAAAGCAAUUAUGUAAGGAAAUUCAAGAGUACAAAGAUGAAAUUGUUAAACAAAUGCAAUUAACAGAAUCACUAACGAAUGAGAAUAAGGGCAGUAAAAAGUCAUAUUUAGAAAUUGAGAAUGAGAGAAUUAGUAAAGAAAGUAACAAGACAGACUUGGAAAACGGAACUGCGGAUGGUGCAGUAGAGAUUAAUGAGCAGGCUGUAGACAUUGAGCAGAAUUUAGAAGCAACUGAAAUCGACAAGAAUGAUCAAACACAUUUAACACGAUCCAGGACAAAUCAAAUAUCGAAUGGAACAUUUUAUUUCAAGCUUGGAAUGGAAAAUUCUCAUAAAGAAUACACAAAUCAAUACACAAUAAAUCCGUUAGCUUUGAAUAAGCCACAGAAAAAUGAGGAACGAGACAAAAAGAGACAUCUAUCACAUAAAUUCUCACUUACUGAUGCAUCAAAUUUCAAAUGGAAUGGUCUUUUGAAUGGAACUGAACACAGCUUACUGACUGUUUUUAAGCAAACAUUACUAUCAUUUGAAUCAUCAAUUUGUGCUUCAUUUAUGCAUUGCAAUUGGCCAAAACUAAGAAAAUUAUGGUUAAAUGCAAUCGGUUCAGCAACAACGGCACAAGAUUUCCAAAAGAUUUUGAUUGUCUUACAAACAAGCUUCAAGAAUGUUAUCUACGCAAAUGUGUGGCACGAACAAUUAGGUCAUAUACAUUUGUAUCGCAUAACAUCAACCGAAAGGGAAGAGCGAAAGAAAAUUGAAAAGCGAGAAAAACGUGAGGAAAGUGAAGAAGAGAGAAAUCGUUUGGCAUAUAAUUAUGUAAAAUAUUCGCUCGGACUUCGUCAUCAAGUCUGGAAACAAAAAGGUGAAGAGUAUCGUAUUCACGGACAAUAUGGGUGGCUUUGGUCAUCGAGAAGUCGAAGACGUCAAUAUUGGAAUGAAAUGCAAACCAAUCGAAUUCAUAGCGUUAAUGUGCUUAUUAAACAAGAUGAGAAACAGAAAAUUAUGACACUUAAAAGACAAGCAUUUGAUCAUUUAAAUUUUGCACUAGAUUAUGCAUCCAAUAAGAAUUUAGAUUCUGAGAAUAAUGAGGAAGAAACUGAGAAUGAUCCAUUAAAGAUUAAGAAAGAGAAUUUUGAAGCAAUUAAAUCAAUAGUCUUAGAUAACGUUACAGAUAAGUCGUCGUACGAGCAGAUUGAUGUAUCGGAAGCACUAAAGACAAAGACUAGAAUAGUUUAUCCAAAAAUUGGUAAAAAGUCAACUUUAGAUGAUCUUCUUGAGAGACGAGAGAAAUUACGUGAUAUGGAAUUAAAGAUAAAAGAUUCAAGUGAAAAUAAUUCAGAUAAUAUUCCAGAAAACAUCAUCCCAGUUCCAGAUAACAUUGCAAGAAAAAAAUCAUCAGGAAAUACCAUCUGCAUCCUUAAAAUGAUUCAAGAUAUCACAGAUAACAAGACACGACUUAAUCAGCGAUCGAAGAAUAUCGAUAUUAUUGAAAAAUGUAUGAAGAUUCAUGCACUCCAAACAGAGUUGAAAAAAAUUCAAGGCAUGCAGAAAAUUCACAGAUGUUUCUCAGAGCAAUGUCGAAACUCUAAGGAUAUAUCGAUUGUUUUAAAGUUGCCUGGAUCAUCAACAAAAUGCUUUUCAUCUCUAUGCUUAAAAGAGUCUCUUUUGAAAGACGAAAUUUCAUCAUUAAUUCAACAAUUAAAAGAUAAAUUCUUAGGAGUUGGAAAGAAGGGUAUUUUGCAUCAAAAAUUAGCAGAAGCAAAGAAUAAUGACUUACUCGACAUCCUUAAUAAAUAUCAUCUUGGUGAUUUCAUGACUGACGAAUACUUUCAAUAUGAUAUCAAGAAAUGUUUGGAUGAUAUUGCCACAUCGUUUCACGAAUGCAUUGAUUAUGAUCCAAACUUAAUGCUAUCAUACUGCACAAAAUCUGAGGUAAAAAUGGAGAAUGACGAAUCGCCUGAGCCACAAAUAAUUAAAGACGAAAAUAAUGUUGAAAUGAAGCCUCCAAAAGUCGAGCCGAAUGAACAUGUUAAACAACCAAAUCGUAGAUUCUUGGCACUUCCAAAAGUAAGGAAAGAGGUUGAGAUUCCAAAGGAACUUGAUGCUGAUGGCAAGGAAAGAAUCUUUUCUGCAAGCUCAACUGCUGGUAAGAUAUAUCUUAAAAAAGCAGAGAAAAUACCAGCAACUCCGACUCUAGUAAAUAAUACAGAAAUUGGUGGUGUCAUUUCCAAAUAUCCAGCGAUUUCCACAUUUACGACAGUUAAGAAUUCAAAGAAUAUUUUAAUUCUACCAAGAUAUGAGCUAAUUAAAGUAGCACGUCGUGCUGGAAAAUACUAUUCCAAUAUUUUGAAUCAUCAAGCUAAAAAUAACAAUAGUGUAUGGCCUUAUCCUUGCUCACGACCUUUCUUCAGAACUUGCUGGAUAUAUAGGACAUUUUGUGUUAAUUCAUUUUCUGCUCUUGGCUUACAAUUGCGUAUUUUGUGGACUUGUUUGAGAUGGGAUGAUAUGCAAACUAAGCCUUUAACUAUGGAUGGCAAGAAUCAAGUCACAUCAGAGACAGAAAUUGUCACGACAGAACUAUUGAAGCAUCGGAAUAUUGGACUUUUUAUGGAAAUCACACAAUACUUUAGACGGAGAGUUGUAAUACCAUUGGAACUACCAAAGACUAUAAGGGAAGUGACAUCAAUUCGAUCUGGUUUAAGGAAAAGGAAGCGUGCUGAAUCGCCUCAACAAACAGAUCCACAAGUCAAUGAGGAAUGGAUAGACGAGGAUAAAUUAGAAUUAUGGGAAAUUAAGCAGUAUGGCGAAAGACAAGAACGUAUUAAUAUCAUACCAACGACUAGAACAACAACAGGAAAAUUGCCACUACCAAGACAAUUAGAUUUGCCAGAUUCGACAAGUCCGCGUCCAAAUCGAGCCUCAUCUACUGAGAUUAAAGAGAAAAUGGAGCAACAGUUGAAACAGCAACGUGAAGCUCAUAAUAAGAAGCGUGCUGAAGAACAGAAAUCUCAACCACAAUACAAGACAUUUAUUAGGAAGAUUCUUGUGAGAAAUGCCGAUGGCACUACCAAAAUAAUCAGCGAAACUGUGACACAGCCAAUUAAUCAGCCAGCACCGACUGUAACGCCUCAAGUUAAUACACCUUCCAAGCCUGAUCAGCCACAAAAGAUUCAAGUGAUGAGAACUGCCGAUGGAAAGAUGAGUGUAAGAGGCUUGCAACCAAAUCAAAAGCUUGUUCAAACAUCCGAUGGAAAAUACCUGAUUCUUCCUUCAAAUUCAAAUGUCGUUGGUGGAAAGGUUACUCAGACUAUUCAGGCAAGACCCAUUGCAACGAGUACGCCGACAUCAAGUCCAGUUCAACAGCCUCCUCAGAAAGUAUUGAUUCGUUCCGUGCCGUCAAAAACGAUCAUUUCCUCUAAUAAUGUUGUGAAAAUUGCUCCUGAAACAAAAGAAAUUGUUUCAACGACUCCGACAAUUUCAACUUCUACGGCGACUAUAACUCAACAAAGUCCAUCAGUACAGAAAAUAAUCACAAGCACUGGACAAAUUAUCACACAACAAGUACAAGGAAAUGUAAUAAGUUCAGCUAAUCUUCAACAGUUAUUACAGCAAAGGCCAGGACAAAAGAUUCUGAUACAGCAGACUCCAACUGGCGUACAAAAAUUAUUGGUAGCUUCACCUUCUCAAACUCAAAUGCAAUCGACUGGAGAGAAAAGGAUAAUUAUUCAAAAUGCAGCCGGUCAGCAGCAGCAAAUAAUUUUGCAACCAAAUCAAAACAGUGUUCCUCAACAGCAGCAAUUAGUCACAAUUGGUGGACAAAAGUUAAUUUUACAAUCAUCUGCACAACCCUCACAAGUUCAACAAAUAAAAACUAUCACAAGUCCUGUUCAACAAAAUAUCCAGUUCCAAAUUCAAGAUAAUAGUUCUCAGCAGCAACAAGGACAACAACAAAUUGUUACUGUACAGACUAAUGGAAAUAAUAUUGCUCAGCAGCUCGUUCAAGGAAAGAUUCAAGUGAUGAAUUUGAAUGGACAGCAAGUUCUAGUUAAGAAUGUAGGUUCGAAUCAAGUGGUUGUAGGCCAAGUUAAAACAUCUACAAGUCAGGCACAAUUGACGCCUGUCAAACAAACAAUUGUGGCAGCUUCUCCAAAUCAGCAAGUCGUUAAAACUGUUCAAAUGCAAUCAAUUGUCAAUACAAAUGAAGCUACAUCGUCUACAGCAGUAACAUCGUCGACAUCAAAUGAACAUGCUGCUUUGCUAGCUAAUCAUCCUCCGGGAACGAUCAUUAAAUGUGUGACUGCUUCGGUAAUGCAAACUCCAAAUGGUCCUCGAAUUGUCUUGCAAGGUCUUCAAGGGACAGAAUUUAGCCAACAACAAUCUCUUAUUGUCCAGCAACAAGUCAAACAGCAGUUAAUGAAAGCGCAAGAAAGCAGUGGAAAGUCGGGAGCAUCAAUUGGACCAACAAAAAUCUAUUUAGCAAUAACCCCGCAAGCAACAUCAUCUCAACCGCCUCCACUUACACCAGUGCAGAAUCAAAAUAAUGACGAAAGUGUCGCCGCUAAUGAAACUGUUGGGGCAGAUGCAGAAAAGGGUGAUGCGGACGAGAAGUCAGAUCAGUUCAUUGUAACGCAGGAAUAUAUUCAAGAUACAAUAAAAAAUGCACUUCGUCAAGGAAAUUUGAAUCCUGAGAUAGAAGAAAAGUUGUUAACAUUACAGCGUUACCAGGAAAAGCAGGCAAAAGGAGAGCCAUUUGAUCCAACAUCAUUUACAACAACAUAUCCGACGAGAGGAACUGGUCGAGUUAAAACUAAUGUAGCAUAUGACAGUCCACAAGAUUCUGAUGAUUCUGAGAGUUUUAGUGACAAUUCAGAAUCUCCAAAAGGAUCAGCUCGUCGAAGAGGUGGCAAUCUAGAAGACGAUGAUGAUGAGUGGGUGUUGGAUGCGCCGCGCAAAUACAUUAAAAAAGCUGAUCGUGAAAGAUUAGAACGAAGCAUUAAAAAGGAACCGGUUGAUGUUAAUAAAAAAAUAGUACAAGAAAAGGAGACAAAGAUUAUUGUCAAGACGUCAGAUUCUGGACAAAUUCGCAAGAACAUCAUCUUUUGUAAUCGAAUGGACAGUGAUAAUGUCCAAAAUAAUUUCUCAUUAUCAAGUGGCAAUGACGGAAGUGAAACGGAAAAGAGUCCUGAAAAGGCUCUAAUUGCCAGUAAACUUAAAAUGAAGGCAGCAUCUCAAAAGGUUGGCGUUACAGAUGACCAAUUUAGGCAUCAUAAAUUACAAGCACAAUUAGUGAAACACAAAGAGAAUCUUAAGAAAAUAAUUCUUAAGAAGCGUGACAAUUUAGAGAAGGAACUUCAAACUGAGAUACAAAAAGAAUUAUCCACCGAAAUGGCAACACAUAUUAAGAAUAUUUGUGCCAAACAAGAAAAUAUCACGGAAUCGAAGAAGGAACCUUCCAAAUAUAUGAAGAAAAAAAUGGAAAGAUUAGCUCAGGAAGCUCAACAACAGAAGAGUUUGAGUGAAUCGAUGGAGUCGUCAGCAGAAACGGAAAAAACUAAACAAAAUCCAAAUCGUCCUAAGAAACAUACAAAGAGUGCAACUACAAGUCUCAACUCAAGCACAGAACGGGAUAGGAAGGAUAAAAAGAAAGGACAAAAGUUGUAUUGUGUGUGUAGAACGCCAUAUGAUAAGUCAAGGUUUUACAUUGGAUGUGAUUUAUGCAAUAACUGGUUCCACGGAGAAUGUGUGGGAAUCACUGAAGAUCAAUCCAAAAACAUGACAGACUUUACGUGUCAAGAAUGCGAGCGUGCAAAAGAUACCCAAGAAUUAUUCUGCCUAUGUCGUACUCCUUACGAUCAAUCUCAAUUUUACAUCUGUUGUGAUAAAUGCCAAGACUGGUUUCAUGGUAAAUGUGUCGGAAUCCUUCCAAGUGAAGCAGAUUUCAUUGACGAAUAUGUCUGUCCAAAAUGUCAGAAGAAUGAUUCUAUAAAUUUCGCUAAUACAAAGUCAUUAGGUGAAGGCGAAUUCGAAGGAUUGCGACUGUUUCUGAAAGAAAUUCAAAGUCACAAGAGUGCUUGGCCAUUCUUAGAUCCUGUCGACGCCAGUGAGGUUCCAGAUUAUUAUGAUGUUGUAAAGGAACCGAUGGAUAUUAAGCAAAUUGAGAUGAAGAUAUUGCAGCGCGAAUAUAGAUGCUUAACUGAUUUCAUUAAGGACAUGACAAAGAUUUUUGACAACUGUCGGUACUAUAAUCAUCGGGACUCGACGUUUUGCAAGUGUGCAGAAGAUCUCGAAGCAUUUUUCGUUCAGAAACUGAAUACGUUUCGUGAAGAAUUAGGAAAAUCUUAAUAAGCACCCCAUUUUUUUUGUGUGAAUUUUUUUCAUCUACUAUUUUUUUUCGUUCUAUUUAGUACUAGACAGCUUUAUUUUUCUUACAAUUUUUCAUUGAUGAAUGAUUAUUUGAAUUUAAAAACUGUAAAAUAAAACUCUGAAAUAUUAAUAAUAAUGAUAAGAUGAAACAUGGCUUGACAAAACGAAUCAGAUUAGUAUAUCCUCUAAUGUUUCUUCGAAGUAUAUUAGAAUUUCUCAUAGAAUUUUAUGCGAAAACUCUUUGCUUUUACGAUAUUUAAGAAUCAACAAAAAUAAAAGAAUGCAUAACUAAU